AUCUAGGUUAGUUGAACAUUGGAAUUCGAACCCUUUGGACAGUUACGAGACGACAAAAAUUUAAAUUUUAGUUUUAUUUUUCCGUGCUAAGCAAUUACCGACAAAGCAAAUCACCAUGUGCAGCUAUCCCUGCUAUCCUUGCGCCGCUUUGUGUCCCUGCGGAGGUAGUGGACCAAGUGGAUUCUACGAUCCUUGUUUUGGCCCCUACAACGGUCCUUUUAACUCUUGGUGUGGGGCAAGCGGUCCUGGUUUCUGGCGGGGUGGUUGCUGCUAAUUUUUGUCGUGGGUUGCAGGACCAAAAUGAAGUCUUAGCAGCUUUAGUUGCUUGCACAAAAUUGGAACCGUCAAACAAACUCUACUCCUAAAAUAUUAAUUUCCAGUCGAAUCUCUUACAAUGGCUUAAAACGGAAAAAUAAAAAUGUCAAGGACGUAAUCUUCUUUGUAUCAACUAA